AAUAAGCUAAGUUAGCAACGGUAGUUUGGCUAGUACCCACGGCGGUACGAUAUAAUAUUAAAACGACUAGCCAGAAGUAUAUUUCAAGUAAAUUUCUGGAAAUCGCUAGACGUAACUGUUAUUCAGCUAUAGACGUAGAUAAAGUUGGAUUUGUAAACCAGCUUUAACUAGUGGUCACGGCGAAUGCAGAAAGUGGCUAGCUAGUUGUUAACGAUAACCGCAGCUAGCUAGCUAGCUAGCAACCGUUGUUGUCAGCAAGUGAUUAACCAGAAAAUGUCAUCAGCGUAGAGAUACCGACAGUCAAGGUGUGGUUUUAAAAGUGUGUUUUUUCCCUUUAUAACUGCGAGGAUAAUAUUAAAAGGUGGACAUAAUGCACCACGUCAAAAUCAAGACUGAACGGCCAGAUUUAGAGGGGACAGGUGCUCGCAGCAGAUUGGAUGCUGUGUUAAAGGGACUGGUAGAGAAGACUGAGAACGAAAGAGAGCAGAAUGAGGGUGAUCCAGGAAAAAUAUCAGCUGACUCUUUAAACAAGGAUUUGUCUCCAUCAUCUGCUGGAAAAAGACCUUCCGCUCGAUUUCCACAGCAUCGGAGGAAGAAGCGAAAAGAGAUGGAUGAGGGCAUACCAGAGAGCAAUCAGCAUAAACAAAAUGCUUACAUUAUUAAGUUAUUUGAUCGCAGUGUGGAUCUGGCUCAGUUUAACACCAGCACCCCGCUGUAUCCUAUCUGCCGUGCAUGGAUGAGAAACAAUCCUUCUGUUCGAGAGCCAGCUACUUCCCCAAGUUCUCCCCACAGCAUGGCAGAGGAAGAGGUUACAGACAUGAUCAACGGCAAAGGUCAGAACGUGUACCGACUUCCACCUCCAACGUCCUGUCCAGUUAGCACUACUGGUGAACCCAUCAACCUCAGGAUCCCACACAAUGAAAAACCCACUGUUACCAAGUUAACAGAUGUUGCUGUACCAGGAUCUUUUAUAUGUGACCACAUGGAACGCUGGAAAAAGAUACGGCAAAAAUGGAAGGAAUGCUCCAACAAGAACCAGUUAAGAUACAGUGAGAGUAUCAAGAUCCUUAAGGAAAUGAAGGAGCUCUAUGAUCGCUAGCGGACCACCUUGUAGCACUCAGCACACAGUGGACUCUAUGCAUAAACACGGCUCUGCAGUCAGUGUUUGAAUUCACCUGCCUUCUACACAGUCAGACUCAUAGGAAAGCAUCAACACAACCUUGAGCCUUAAAAGACCUGACGUCCUUUGUAUCGCAGAACGAGUUUGUUACAGUUCCUUGUGUGUGAGCGUCCCUUUGUGCUAUGUGGGAUUUAUACAAAAAAAAUCUACGUAGAUGUCUGAUUAAUUUAACUCACUCAUCAGUUUCUUUUCCCAGAUACACUGUGACUUGUGCAUCCUCGACAUGAACAACAAUUAAAGUCCAUUGUGAUGUCUUCCA